GGCAAACUGCUUCAGGUAUAGUAUAUAUGAGGAUGACGGCCCUCAGAGAAAACAUGACUUUGAUGGAGACUUAUUUCACUAAUGGGGACGAGAGGAUGCGAGGUUGGCCGUUUAUGGACAGUCCUGUACCUAUACUGACCGUCUUCUCUCUCUAUCUGCUGAUGGUCAAACAAGGACCAAAGGUCAUGGAGCAGCAUAAACAACUUCAGGUCCAGAGACCAAUGGUCAUAUACAAUCUGAGCGUUAUGGUGCUGUCUGUGUAUAUAACAUUGGAGAUACUGAUCUCAGCCGUCCAGUCCUCGUAUAGCCUGGCGUGUCAGCCAGUCGAUUACUCGGACGAUACUCGAGCUGUGAGGAUGAUGAAUGCUUGCUACUGGUAUUUUAUUUCUAAGAUCAUCGAACUUUUAGACACAGUGAUUAAUUUUUCAUUUGUGCGGAAGAAGGAGAGUCAGUUAACAUUCCUACAUGUCUAUCAUCAUUCCAUAAUGCUGCUACACACUUGGUGGUUCGUCAAGUUUGUUCCAGGGGGUCAAACUUUUAUGCUUGCCCUACUGAAUUCCUUUGUACACGUCUGGAUGUACGCCUAUUAUGGAUUAGCAGCCAUGGGGCCACACAUGCAGAAAUAUCUUUGGUGGAAGAAAUACCUGACAAAGUUACAGUUGUUUCAGUUUGUGUUGACUAGUUCCCAUGCCCUCUAUAACUUCUGUUUUGGUGACUGUGGAUUCCCGCGGUUAUUUUCACUGUCCAGCGUUAUUCAGUCCGUGAUUUUCUUCAGCCUCUUUAUGAACUUUUAUAUACAGGCGUACAAGAAAAAGAAAAGCUGAUUUGGAAACGAAAUACUAGUAAUCGGUCUCCUUAACCAUCGAUGCAAGAAACUGCUACCAGAUGUGAUACAUUCUGGUAUAAUUGUUUUUCAUAAAAAAUGGUGCAUACGUUUUUUUCAUGAUUUAUUUUUCUAUGGGUAAUAUAACCAGUAUUAAAUUUUACCAGUUUUUAUUUUACUUUUGUUCCUAAGUGUAUAUUGAUCACCCGCAUGCUCUAAAAAAGAGGUUCAAUUUUCGGUUUUCUUUUUCAAAGUUCGGUUUGCACACUAGUAUUUUGUCUUAGACAAUUUUCUGUUUCUGAGAGUUGUGGAUGAUGACUUCUUCUGUUAAUAACACCACAGAAAAAAUAAUUAAGAAAAAAAACCUUUCUGUGAAAGAUGUUUACGCAUUGAUACAAAAUUUAAUAUGUUAUACGUUAAUUAAAUCAUACCAGGGUAUUUACUUAUUUUUUAUGAGUGUACGUUCAUUUUAGUUUGUCAGCGUCGGACAUUUUGUCUUGUUCCGUUGAUGUUUUGACUCAUUUUAUUUAUUUUUUGU